CAACCGUGACCACGUACUCUCACACACAACAGCAGAAGAAGCAAGGCAAGCACACUUUGGCUGUGGCAGCAGCUACCGGAGAAGGGGCCGCCUCUCAUUCUUAUUGGCUACAUGGCCGCGCUAUGUGACGUCACCACGCUACGGGCAGACGCAUCUCCCGCUCAUGGCGGAAGUACCUGUGAGGUAGACUAGAUACCUGCGGUUAGGAGGAGAGCCCCUUCCUGCUGCUGCCCUAACACUGACCCCGGUGAGAAGGGCCCCGGCCACCUUCCUCCGCUUCAGGAAAGCAGAAAACUGCAUACCAGAUUGUUACCACUUACUGUACUUUGACCUAAGGCAGACUUCAGCCAUGGAGAAUGGACAGGAUAUGGCAGAACAACCGGUGAAAAAGGCCAAGAUGCAGGAUCCUGCUGAGGAAAGAUCAAGGCAAGUGAGUAAUCAUGAAACUGGCAAUCAGAAAGGAGAGUUGUCCUCUAACCAUACUGUUUCCGGUGAAAUUCUUCCCUGUGCAGAAUACAUACCACGUGUCCCGGGUGACUAUACUUCUCAGCUGUAUUCAGCACAGCCAUAUACACACAUCCUCUCCGUUCCCGUAGCAGAGUCAAUGGCAACUUACAGUGGGCAGACUGCGUAUCAAUCAUUGCAGCCAUCUCCACCAUACACAGUGUACCCCCAGGCUUCACAAACCUACGGUCUACCUCCCUUUGGUGCUUUAUGGCCAGGUAUCAAGUCUGAAAGUGGCUUAAUCCAGACCUCAAGCCCCCCUACAGUCUUGACCUGUUCCGCAGGAGUCACCAGCAGCCAAUCCACCCCUGUACUAUAUUCAUAUCCUGUGCAAGCUACCGCUACAAAUGCAAAUGUAAUUUCCAGCACAUCGCCAGUUGGGAAUAUCACAGUUCCGACACCUACCAGCAUCUCAAGCCAGGAGUAUCCCACAUAUACCAUUCUUGGACAGAGUCAGUACCAGCAGUGUUACUCUAACCAAAACUUCACAAGUGCAACAUCCGUCUGCACCGAGAGUAAUAUGGCAACACCAGAUUUCCAGGAGAGCAAAACAGACUCUAUAUCCCCAGCACAGACAGCCCAAAGACCAGCGACUGGUGAUACGGCUACUGUCCAACCCAUGGUGAGAGCAAUGAGCAGCAAAGAGACUGAAGAGCAGAGUAAGAAGAGUGUUCAGGUGAAGAAUAGGGGGAAGGGUAAGAAGGCAGAUGCCUCCUCACCACAGCACAGUGAUUUGGAGCGUGUGUUUUUGUGGGACUUGGAUGAGACCAUUAUCAUCUUUCACUCUCUGCUCACCGGUUCAUAUGCACAAAAGUAUGGAAAGGACCCCACAUUGGUGGUAGGAUCAGGAUUGGCCAUGGAGGAGAUGAUCUUUGAAGUAGCAGACACACACUUAUUUUUUAAUGAUCUGGAGGAGUGUGAUCAGGUUCAUGUGGAAGAUGUGGCAUCUGAUGACAAUGGACAAGAUUUAAGUAACUACAGCUUUACUACAGAUGGAUUUAGUGGGACAGCAGGAAACCGGAAUCACAGCUCUACCACCGGAGUCCAGGGUGGUAUGGACUGGAUGAGAAAGUUGGCAUUUCGAUAUCGGAAAGUCAUUGAGGUGUAUGAGAAAUACAAGAGCAAUGUUAGUGGACUACUAGGCUCACAGCGGCGUGACUCCCUCCAAAGGCUAAGAGCCGACAUCGAGACACUGACAGACGGCUGGUUAGGAACUGCUCUGAAGUGUUUACUACUGAUCCAGUCAAGGAAGAACUGUGUUAAUGUCCUAAUAACCACCACACAGCUGGUACCUGCACUAGCAAAGGUUCUACUGUACGGCUUGGGAGAAGUUUUUCCAAUUGAGAACAUUUACAGUGCUACAAAAAUAGGUAAAGAAAGCUGCUUUGAAAGAAUAGUGACGAGGUUUGGCAAAAGUGUUACCUACGUAGUAAUUGGAGAUGGCAGGGAUGAAGAAAUGGCUGCCAAACAGCACAACAUGCCUUUCUGGAGAAUCGCAAACCACAAUGACCUCAUCUCUCUACAGCAAGCUUUGGAACUGGACUUUUUGUGAGGUACUCUGCAAAACCAUGGACUCAAACAAGCCUCCAGAUCUGCUGGAAUCUACAUGUGUAGAACGGAGACAUCUGUUUGAUCUGAUGAACUCGCUCACAUCUACAAAUUUCGAGAAGGGGAAAAUCUUUUCAGUUCUGUCUUUCUCGGAAGAGAAACCAUCACAUCUACUCUCCAGUCAUGAAGAAUGUCCAACUUAGAUUUGACAUCUCACCUACCUCUUCAGUUGCUUGUCAGCCUGGUUCUUCAAUUUCCUGUUUCAUGUCCCACCUACCUCUUCAGACUUCUUAUAUGUACGUUUCAUCCAGACACUAACUCUGUAGUGUUAAGGCUGUUUCUCACAUAAAAGGAGGAACACGUAUAAAAAGAACAGCCACAUUGUUUUUUUUUUUUUUUUUUGUUAAAUCAGAUGUAUAAUGUAGCAGUGGAUCCUGACUUAUACUCUAUUGCAUACUGAUGUCAAAUGAAGUACCCAAUCUUUUAUCGAAGGAUGGAAACUGUCUGCAUCAGACCUAGCUCGCCUGGCCCCCUAGUCUGUGAGACUGAAGACCUAGGACAGUGUACGUUUUUCUGGGAUUUUUAACAGUAUCACAAGUCCAUACUGGCUUGCCUUUGUUGUUGUCUGCUUGAUGACCAUUGUGGAACUUUAUAAAAUACCUCGAUGAGGGAGGGGAAAAGUUCUCCCAUUAUUAUACCUUGAGAGUCAGUAACUUAUUAAAAAAAACAAAAACCUAAUAUAAUCAUC